UUCACGUCAGUUUUAGGUAAAAAUGGUUUCAUUGAGAGAACUCACAGAGCAACGAGGUAACCAGGGUAGAGAUGGGGAAGAGGAAGGGGUUUUAGCCGUGGAGCCUAUCACUAUGAUAGUGCCACCGGAGUUGCAGGAUGUACCGGAAACAGUGACGCCUGAGAGCAGCGCCAGUUCCCGCGCCAGAGACGACGGUGACAACCACCCUAGUGCAUCGCCAAGCAGCUCGUCUACGGAAGAGACACCCAGCCGUGAAGAGGGGGCGGGGGAUUUGGUGAGUAGUGUCUCAGACCGGCCGGUUAUUGGGGAAUGGGAAAGUGCGACGAUCCCGGGCAGGUUGAGUAACCUACGGAAAGCGCCGAAGGACCUGCCCGGUGGAUUAAGGUUCAAGGCUGCACUUCAUCACGAAGUAGUAGAUUGUACGCCCUCCAUAAGUGGGUAUAAACGGUUGGAGGAGAUGGUGAGGGCGUACCAAAUCCCCAAGACCAUAUUGAUGCGGACAGGCGGGCAGAACGAAAGAGCGUGUACAGUGUCGCGAAAGGCUGGAUACCAGUGUACAUGGACCACUUUGACGCCGGACUGCGAUUUCCCUUGCCCGGACUGGUGUUCGACCUGCUAGCGGAGUACGAGCUGGCGCUGACGCAGCUAACGCCCAACAGCAUAAGGUUCAUCAUAGGCUUUAUGCUGUUGUGCGCAAGAUUGGAGGUGCCAGCUAAAGCAAUAGUGUUCAGGUCGCUAUUCCAGUGCCGAUUGUG